GUGGCCGCGGCGGCCGCGGCGCUGUAGUGGUGCUGGGCCGCGGAGACGCUCGGCGAUCGCCAGUAGUCGCCGUAGGCGUUGUACGGAUUGAGCUGGUGGUGCUGCGAGGCGUCGCCUGUAUUGCCGCUGUUCGGGGACUCGUGGCUGGGGUUCAGGCGAAUGGGACGGAGCGGCAGAGUCGCCUCCAUCUCGCGGGAGGCCGAGCUGCCGCGGUUCAGCGCGGAGCUGCGCUCGUUGCGACGGAACUUUGCCCGGCGGUUCUGGAACCAGACCUGCGGAGGGAAAUUGGCUCUUUCAGUUUUGGACGGUUCUACACUUGGAUCCUGAUGAAGAAUUAAAACGAGGCUGUUACCGGCAUUUCACAGUCAUACGUGCAUAUCAAUCACCAUAUCGUCGCGGGGAGUCGACUCCGUUCAUCAUCACGAUCCGCUGCAUGAGGCCCUUCAUCAGUGCGAGUGGCGCGUGCGGGGGUGUCCCCUCUCUCGGAUCGUUGAAAGAAGGACCGCUGCGCUGUGCCGCCUUGAAAGGAGGCAACUGCCGUGAGAUUAGCGGAGGAGUCGCUUGCGUCUUGAAUGGACGCGUGUAAGAGAUGCUCAAGUGGACGGUGUCCCGGUCGCUGUCGACGGCGAGCUCGACCCCCCACGGACCCGGCGGUGGUCGCAGCAGCAGCACCGCCAGCGUCAACAACAAGGCCAACGCCGGCAACAGCGCCACCGAGCGAAGGCCCUUUCGCGACCUCUCCAACACACCGCCGGCCGCCUCGAGCUCCUCCAGGAGGUCGUCCUCGCGGAUGGUCAGCAACAACAACAACAACAACAACAACGUCGUGGUGGUGGACGGCGGACGCACGCCCAAGAGGACGCCGUCGCGACGCCGGCGCUGCAGGAGCCACGGCAGCGACCUGCGCGGCUACUUUCAGUCGACGAAGCCGAACCUGCGAUCGGGCAAGCGGCAGUCCCUCUCGCAGCGCAGCAACUCGCCGGUCAUCGAGAGCUUCUACCAGAGCACGCCGCGCGUCGACUCGGACAUAGGCCCGCUGACGCUGUUCUCGCACCAGCCGCACUGCCACCUCAGCAGCUCGUCCAGCCUGACGCUGCCGCAGAACAUACUGAACGAGGCCCGAGCCAACAACCUCCAGUCCCACGUCACGGACUUCUUCCAGCAGAUCAGCAUGGCCACGAGUCCCGAGGACGUGAUGGAGAGCGAGAGCCUGCCCUUUGCCAGCCGGAGGUACGCCCUGGCGAAGGAGCAGCACAGGCACACCCCCUGCCUGCCGAAGCUCGCGAGGGUCGGCAAGCUCAACGCCCGCAACAAGACGCCCUACCACACCAAGCUCCAGAUGGGCAUCCGGGAGAUGGAGCUCGACGAGGUCAGGCAGAGCCCGCUCGCCGGAAAGCUCCUCGGGCUGAAGCUCCUCGACCGGGACAGACCCAUGUACGAGAACACGGACAACACCGUCACCGAGGUGCUCAACAGGGAGCAGGAGAGCAACUUCAAGAGCGUCGCGGAGAUCCUGCUGAAGGACUCGGAGGAGCGCCGCAAGGUCGAGGAGGAGCACGUGUACGAGACGAUAGCCGAGACUCCGGCGGACGAGGACAAGGCUCCGCACAACGACAGCAGCGUCUCCUCGGCCAGUCAGCUCCUGGACAACCCGUCGCCCAUAUCCUGGGCCUUCUGCUCGCCCUCGUCGGAUCUCGAGGGCGAGUUCACGCUCAAGCGUCAGCGGGGCAUCCGGCGCAAGCGACAGGCCAACAAUAAGCCCGGGGACGGCGGAGUCUCCGGCAGCAAGAGGGCCAAACGGGAGCCGCUGCCGUUCAUCGAGGCUGUCAACAGGCACGUCAAGAGGCUGGCCCUGGAGACCGACUUAGACUCGUCGAUGCUGGAGGACAAGUGUCCGGACAAGGAUGAAGAGGCGAAGGCGAAGGAGGAGGCGAUGCAGACCGACGAGCCGGUUCAGCUCAGCGUCACCGACACGCUGCUCUCGGAGGAGCGCAAGGAGCACCUCCCGGAGAGCCGCGGCAGACCCACGACCAGCAACGUCUGGGACACGGACAGCCCGAAAUCCUCGCUCCUCGACUCGUUCGCGACGACGACGACCACCUCGGCACUGGGCACCCCCGAGACGCCGCUAGUGGCGACGGUUCGGCGCUGCCUCAAGUACAGCCCCGAGACGCCGGGAGCCGCGACGACGUCGGCGUGCUUCAACAGAGGCUCGAUCGAAAUCGAGUGCUCCGCCCAGACCGAGGAGAUACACGUUAAGAUCAUAAGGUGCAGGGAUCUGCGUCGCGCGUACGAGGGUCCGAUCCACGCGUACGUCAAGGCGAGCCUGAAGGACCCGCUGAGCGGCGAGGGCUGCGUCAAGAGGACAGCGGUGCAUCGGGCGACGCCGAAUCCCGUCUUCCAGGAGACCCUCGUCUUGCCUUACCCGCAGAGCCAGCAGCCGGCCCAGCAGAGCAGCUUUUACAAUAACAACAACAACAACAAUAAUUGCGCGGCCAAGCAGGUCUCGCUCGACAUCGCCGUCUGGCAUCGAGAUCGCAGGGCAAGGCGCAGCGAACUGCUGGGCUGCAUGACUCUGCCGCUGCCGCUCUCGCAGGACAAGGAAGCAACAUGGCACCCUCUGGAAGCCGGCUCGGGCCGCAACAGCAGCGCGGCGCCAGCGAGCAGUGCCUACAGCGGCGUCGAGGGCCGCGGCUCCGUCGUCAUCUCGCCGCCCCUGUCCAAGGACGGCGCCGGCAGCGAGUCGCUAGAUAACAACAACAGCACCGCCGGCGACGAUCUCACCUACCUCCGGCACCUCGAGCUCGAGCCCAUCGAUCCCCUCACGGGACUUCCUCUGCAUCCUGGAUUCACGGCCAGGGGCGGCAGGACGCCCUGCACCACCACCCGCAGACUCGUCAGGCCCGCUGCUAACGCUAAUCAGGUGCCAUGGGGCUUCUCGCUGUCCUGGGGCCGACCGCCUCGAGUCGAGCGCGUCGACCCUGGCAGUCCGGCGGAGCGAUCCGGUCUGAGGCCGGGCGACUACGUGGUCUUCGUCGAGUCGACCAACGUCGUCACCCAGCCCCGCGACGACAUCCUCGAGCUCAUCCAGACCGCGACGAACCAGCUGAUCCUCGAGGUGUACCGUCGCGGUGCCCACGGACACGCUGCUACAGGUGGUGGCACCGCCUCGUCCAGCCACAGACGCAGCUCCGUCAACGUGACGCUUCAGGCACCGGUGAUCGGCGUCGCGCCGUCGAGUCACCAUCACGCCAUCGCCUUCACCGCCGAGGCCUUUCCGAAUCUGGCGGCGGACGCGCCGCCCGAGGAGGAGCUCAGCGUUCGCGAGACGCGCUACUGGACCUGCUUGAAAAGCGGCCAGGCGCGUUUCCUCGCCCCGUUGACCGAACGCCGCGACGUCCUCUCCGCGGCGGACCACAUGAUCCUCUUCCAGAACCUCGAAGAACUUUCGAAGAUCUCCGAGGAGAUACGGGACGAGGGCGGCGGUUUAGAGAGCUACCUCAACCGGGUGCCCAAGAUCACCGCGGCCUACAGGAGGUACCUCAGCGGACUUCAGCGCGCCUGCUGUCUGCUCGUCGCCCUCAGGAAGAACUCGGCCUUCGCCAAGAUCGUCUGCGAGCCCGCCGUACCCAGGAGGCGCAAGCCCGACCUGACGGGUGUGCUCCUGCAGCCGCUGGAACAUUAUAGGGAGAUGACGAGGCUGCUGUGCCAGGCCUGUCCCCGCAACUGCCAGGCGGUGCGCGACCUGGCUCAGGGCUACCGGGAGGCGACGGCCAACGCCGCAGUGAUGGAACCACCCCGAGACACCGGCCGGCCCCUGCUGAGCUUGCAGGAAGUCGAGUCUCGGCUGGUCUUUGCGCGUUGCAAGCCCUUCGCUCUCGCCGUUCCCGGCAGACAAUGGCUCUUCGGCGGCGCGCUGGCCAAGGUCGAGGGUCGGGGUCGACUCCAGCCCACGUGGGCCCUCCUCCUGACGGACCUGCUGGUGUUCGCGCGCGUUUCGCGCGACCGUGUGCUCUUCGUCACGGAGGAGCCCCUCAGACUGGCCUGCAUCGCCGAGGCCUGCUUUACUGUUCGCAAGCGGCCCACGGAGUUUCGGUUGCAGGUCACGACACAGCCCAGCGUACCAGGCGAGAACCCGGUGGCCUCGACGGAAGUGGUGCAGUGCGCGGGUACCGGUGGCGGAGGCGUCGCCGGUGGCUGCAGCCCUCACAGUCGGCCCAGGCGGAGACUCCUCAUUCUGCGCGCCCCCAGCCCCGAGCUCAAGGCCGUCUGGCACAACCUGCUCCAGCGGCAAAUAAAUCUGGUCUAUUACAGAAUCUACGUGAACACGGGCUACGGGACGGCCAGCGGAGCCGACCCUGGACUCGAGAGUCCCGACGACGACAGUCCCACCGGCCUCGGAGGUGGUGUCAUCAGCAGCUACCUCACCGCGCACGGCCAGCGCGAGCUCGCCAGCAGCCCAGAGGUUUACAGGUCGACGCAGCAGCUGGACGAGGACAAGCUGCAGCAGUCGGGCGACAGCCUGGAGCUGAUGCUCAUGAAGAACUCGAGCCAGCAUCACCAGGAGGACAAUCAUCUGGCCCAGUGGGUGCGCAACUCGCAUCAGAUACCGCCGCCGGACCACGAAGUCCCCAUCGAGGAGUGGACGCCCGAGGAGCUGGCCGCUCGCACCCCCCGGGAGUCCUCGGCUCGCGAUUUCUCCGAAGUCGUGAUGGACAUGUUGACAGUGACGGAGGAGAGUACAGUAGUCAAUUCGGACGUGGAGCAGCAGAGCACCGCGUCCAGCGCGAGCCUCAGCACCGUCAAGUCCAACAGUCUGCCCAACCAACCGUCGAGCAAGAAGAACGGCAGCCUCAUCAAGGACGCGUCCUCCGGCUCGAUCAACAUCUGCAGGAGGUGUCACAGUAAUAUGCGUCGCAGGUCAGGCUGCCCGACGCCGCCGCCGUUAGCUCGCGAUCCCUUCUCGCCGCUACCCCCGAAAAUCGCGGUCCUCCCACCGACGCCGGAUCUCUGCUCGAAACACGCCAGGGGACUUCGCAACGGACUCUACGACAGUCCCGGGAGAAACAGCCCCAGCAGGGCCUUCUCCGCGGACGGUACCACCGAGGACGGCAGCGAGGACGACCUCGACUGCGACGGAGAACCGCCUUACAGAGCCCUGCGCCGUUUCGGCACGAUGAGCAGCCUCGAUCAAGACGACGAACUGGACGCGGAGCUGCAGACGUCGACGACGGCCGGGGAGGACGACACCACCACGACCAACAGCAGCCUGGACAUCGAGUCGCCUCCACCGCCGCCCUCGGGUCUGCGCGCCUGGACGCUCCGGGCCAGUAGCUACGUCGUCAGCAAGAUGCUCCAGCCACCGGCACCUCCGGAGAGGACAGAGUUCAGUUUGGAUCCGAGCAGCAACGGCGACGAAGAGGGAACGACCUCCGGAGGAACUUCUGGCGACGAUAUCUGGGGCACGCCGACGUCCGGGGGUCCGGACGACGAGAGCUUCACUGGCAGUCCGAAUCACUAGCCCGAGCUGUGCCCUGACUUCCCUAGCCGCCGUCGAACGGCGCCAGCAACUUCCAUCACCACCCGCACCACCAAAUGCACAGCUACCAGAGCAUCGGCAGCGGGGGCAGCAGCGCGAGCCUCGGCGAGGACAACUACGGGCUCAACCUGCACUGCGACGAGGACGACGAGGAGCUCGACGACGAGGAUCCGAGCCGAGGCGAGCCCGAGUCCGAGGGCGAGGACUGCUCGUUGCCCGAGCUCAGCAUGGAGCAGCUUCUUGGCGGCAGCAGUACCCUCUCGUGCAGCGUCGGUACCGGCUCCCUCCGAUCGUAUCUGGGCAGACGGAGACUGGAGCCGCUUCCGGAGGAGGAGGACUCGCUGUCGAUCGGCAGCGGCAAGCACCAGCAGAUCGGCUGGUGGUGACAGCGGGAGCAGCUCGCGGCGGACGAGCGCUUCGCCAAGCUCAGCCAGGAGGACGAGGACUUCCGGCACAAGAUCCUCACGCUCCACCACAAGCUCUCGAACGAAGCGGCGGCGGCUGCUGCGGACGAGGAAGCCGCUGCCCUGCAGCUGACGCCCCGACGACUGCGCGAGCUCGAGCUGGUGGUCAAACGCGCCGAGGAGACCUUCGACCGCAACGCCAUGAAGCUCGCCGAGGAGGUCGCCGCUGCCGCCGCUCUCGACGAGGAUGACUCCAGCAGGCCGGCGAGGAAGAAGCGCGUCGAGUUCGAGGACCUCAAGGCCGCCUCCGAGUCGAACUUCCUGAACAGGCUGCGCAUCCGCAAGCGCAGUCUCAAGCUGCUAAGCUUCCUCGGCUCCAAGAGCCAGGACAGCAGCGGCAGCAAGGCCCAGGAGGAGCGGGCCGCCAGGUUGCUGAAGAUGUACAUGCCGGAGAAGUCCAGUCCUGCGGCUGCAAGCUCGGCGACCUCCAGCUCCGGGCCGAACACGAUAGCGAUACACCACACGUCGAGGGACCGCAGGUUCUGGAGGUUGAGGAACAGGCGCAGGUCCAGCUCCACCUAAGGGCUUCUGCUGCGGCUCAGACGCGCACACGUUGACCUUCUAGUUCGAUACGAGCGCCGUUGUUACCGAUGACGAUGAUGAUGAUGAUGAUGAUGAUGAGCGUAUUUUCUUUUCACUCUCUCCGCGUGCAUAUACGCGAGUUGUAAACUCGUGCACCUGUGUAUUAAGCUAGAGAUUAUUACAUGAAUAAUAAAUGCCUUUGAUAAAGUUUAUAAUUGUUACAUGCGAAGCGUGCAGCGUUGUAGUGGUGUCUAUUGUUUGACGACAUGAUUUACCGUGUAAAUUGUAGUAGAGAUGAGAGCUGGUGAGAUGCAGAUAAUCAAAAGUAGACGGCUCGAUCGUUUGAUUCCUGUGUAUCGCAUUAAACUGUCGGCCGACGAGUUGAGUGUCCUAAUAGGUGAAUAAGUCCGGCUGCGGGUGAAUAUAGCGUUUCGUUUUUCUAUUAGAACAUAUAGCGUGCCAAUAGUUAUCUGUGAAAGAUGAAAAGCCUAGUUCCGGCGUACACACGAUAGACAAUUUAGGUGUUUCUACUAUAAGUAGUCUCGCGCAUAAAAGUUUAAAAAAGAACAAAAAAAAAAAAAUCAACUA